AUGCUUUUGGUGCUUCUUAGCAUUGCUAAAUGUAUGGUUGACUUUGUUGAGCCUGCCGCCCUGCUGGUGGAUGGCUUUAACGAAGAACAUGGCAUCAAGAAACCCUCGCUUGAUAAAAAACACGACCUUGCAGGAAUGGAUCAUCAAGUCAAGACAGUCAAUAGUCCAGAGGUAUUUAUUCCUGAAAUAGUGGCUAGUCCUCCUCAGGAAAACUUUAAACACAGACACUCAUAUCCAAAAAUGCCAUUUAUCUACAGUGUUGAUGUCCAAACAAAGAUAGUACUGCUAGGAAUAAUGAUCCUGCUAUUUGCAUUGGUGAUAUCCACAACGACAAGAAUGAUGCAAGAAGUAGUGAGGAUAAGAAUGAAGCUGAAUAAUAUUGAUACUGUUCGUGAAAAUAACGAUAAAAUUUAA